GAAGCUGCAGCACCGAAGCGCUGGAGGGUUUAAGGCAGUAAUCCUGGCUGGCCUACAAUGUACAAUACCAUGCGGAGCACACUGCAAACUGUUCCCGAAUCCGUGCCCGCCGACCGCGUUACAAACUCAAAAGAGGAAGAAGAAGCGUGGGCGCUCGAGCGAGUUUUGUCCCGACGUAUUGGGGAUUGUAACACACGCUUCUCGUCCGGGGAGGUUAGAGACUUUCUAAGCGGUGGCAUGACGUGCCAGUGAGUUGUGCGUGUCUUGAACAACGCUGUUCCGGUUACUUCUUCAUUAUUUAAACAUUGUGACUCAAGUGACAAAUUUCUCUGGAGAAAAAACGAAAACAAAAAAUAUAUCAAAAAUGGCUGGUUAAAUGAAAUCGUGAUGCAGUGAACAAGUGAACUUGAAAGACUAGCGUGUGAAGGAUCAACAUUGUAUUGGAUUGAAUACUUGAAAAAAACUCUGGCAAAGCCUGUGAGGAUCUACAGUUUUAAUAUCACGUCAUGGCCGAUCGUGAUAGUCACGUGGUGGAGUCACGUGGUAUUGGUAAUGUACAAAGUGGACGUAACUCGUUUGGUCCAAUAAGGAGAACCCUCCUGACAGUCGCACCAAGGGCAAAUCAGGUGCAUGAGAAUAACAGCAAUAGGGUUGGUUCACCAGCAUUGGAGAGUUUGAGACAGUGGGAGUUGGUAGAGGGUAAUCGUGGCUUGCGUGUUAUUGAAAAAAAAACAAAUACAACAACUGCACCGAUAAAAAGUACCAAGAGUUAUGCAGCACCAGUGCCACCAUGCAGAACAAUAAUAAAUGAGGAUUUAGCUCGGAAAUUUAAGGCAUUUGAAAAAUCAAGCAUUGUGCAGGUCUUUCCAUCAUCAAAAAUGAAUGAUCAAGUGGAUAAUAAAGUGCCAAUAAGUUUGAAUGCAAUAUUAAAGCAAACAGGUGAGUCCAGGGGUGAGGACAAAAGUAUAGACGUACUAGAUAAACUCGAGAGACAGGUGAAGGCUAUUGAGAUGAACACAAUUGCCAAUAAAUCCCCUGGAAUACUUCAGGACAGCUGUGAUUUACAACCGGAAAUUCAGCUUCGUUAUAGAGAACACGAGGACCUGUUGAACAAUGUCACCGACGACGAAGCUGAGGGGGCAAUGCCAUUGCAACGAGGAGAGCCAACAAGAAAUUCCACUGGGACAGCCAGUAUUGUCACUAGGAGACAGCCAGUUAAAUUAGCUAGAACAGCAUCUGAUACGAGAAGAUGCCAAGAUACGGAAAUGCCACUGCGUGCAUCAAGGGCUCAACAGUCACGUGCUAUCAGGCCAGUUGUGACAAAGAGAGAGGAUCGACAACAGCAAAUACGUGAAACUGCCGGUAUCAGACCUAGCACUGACAUCAUGCCGAAGGUUACACAAGCUGGUCAUCAGAAGGUCGUAGAUGGCGUGGGAGUGUCGAGUAGUGGCGGUCGGCUAUCAUCGAGAAGCCGAACCUCCGACGAGCCCCACAUCGGCAAGUACAAGUUACUAAAAACUAUUGGCAAAGGUAACUUCGCAAAAGUUAAACUUGCCAAACAUGUACCAACCGGCAAGGAAGUGGCUAUCAAGAUCAUUGACAAGACCCAGCUGAAUCCAGGCAGUCUUCAAAAGCUCUUCCGUGAAGUAAGGAUAAUGAAGAUGUUGGAUCAUCCCAAUAUAGUUAAACUGUUCCAAGUAAUCGAGACUGAAAAGACAUUGUACCUGGUGAUGGAGUAUGCUAGUGGUGGUGAAGUAUUCGAUUACUUGGUGUUGCAUGGUAGAAUGAAGGAGAAAGAGGCUAGAGCAAAAUUCAGGCAAAUUGUAUCAGCUGUACAGUACUGCCAUCAGAAGAAAAUCAUUCACAGGGAUUUAAAAGCUGAAAAUUUAUUAUUAGACAGUGAAAUGAACAUUAAAAUUGCUGAUUUUGGAUUUAGCAAUGAAUUCACACCUGGAAACAAAUUAGAUACAUUCUGUGGCUCACCACCUUAUGCAGCACCUGAAUUAUUUCAAGGGAAAAAAUACGAUGGUCCCGAGGUGGACGUUUGGUCACUGGGUGUCAUUCUCUAUACAUUAGUAUCUGGCUCACUGCCAUUCGACGGUUCAACCUUAAGGGAAUUAAGGGAACGUGUAUUGAGAGGAAAAUAUCGAAUACCAUUUUAUAUGUCAACUGACUGUGAAAAUCUACUGAAAAAAUUUCUGGUGCUCAAUCCGACGAAGCGAGCCUCACUUGAGGUACGUGGUGAUAAGAACAUUAUGAAGGAUAAGUGGAUGAACAUGGGUUAUGAGGAUGAUGAGUUGAAACCGUACUUAGAACCAGAACCAGAUUACAAAGACCACAAGAGGAUAGGUGAGUCUGCCAAAGCCCUAGCCAUUCUGGGAUACACGAGGGGUGAAAUUGAGGAGUCAUUGGGACAAGCCAAGUAUGACGAUGUAUUCGCUACCUAUCUUUUACUUGGACGAAAGACGACUGAUCCCGAAAGUGAUGGUUCCCGAUCAGGCAGUUCGCUCUCUCUUCGCAACAUACCCCCGCAAGUUGGUUCCGGUGGUGGUGGUUCAGGAGGAGGUACUGGCGGUACCGUACAAAGUCCGUCACACAGAGGUGUUCAUCGGAGUAUUUCUGCAAGCAAUCCUAAACCCAGUAGACGUGCUUCCUCUGGUGGUGAAACUCUUCGCGGAGCCCCAAGUCCAGGUAACGCAACCAAUCACAACCAUGCGACAGCUGGUACAGGUGGUACAGUAACAUCAAUUGGUGGUAGUAAUUUCAAACGUCAAAAUACUGUUGAUGCAGCUACCAUCAAGGAGAAUAGUGCGCGUGUAUCAGCAACGAGGCCAGCAGCACCAAAAAAUAGUCCUGGACAGCUCGAUACCAUGACAAUGUUCAUUCUAGGCGUCGGUACGAGUCCCGGUGGUAAAGCCAGAGUUGGAAAGAGCAAUACGAUAAAUACUGGAGUUGCUGGUGUACGACCGCUAACAUCACCAGCUCCUGGAACAGUUGGUAGACGCAGUACUAUAUCGUACGAUCAGGCUAAGACAUCGUCAUCGUCUACGGAAAGAACUAAUGAUGUACCGAGCUUAACCGAGGGCACUAGGCCAACACGUGGUCAUAUCAAGUCAGCCAGCAUCAGUGCAAGUCACCGUUCCUCGAGUGGAGUACCACCGAGUGACAGUUCACUACUGGAUAAUCAACCACGGAACGCUCACAACUCAUUACUCGCAACUGCUGAUCCUCUUAGACAGAGCUUGGGGGUGUCACCGAGUAAUAGAUUGACAACACCUACAACGCCAGCAUUUCCAAGGAAUGUUCCCAGUCGCAGUACGUUCCACUCUGGUCAAAACCGAGCACAGCGAAAUCAUACUCAGGGGCAUACUCACACACAGGACACGAGUGCGAUAAGUCCACUAGCCAGGCCAUCUUUCUUCUCAAAACUCUCUUCGAGGUUCUCGAAACGCCCCAUGGACCCAUCCGUACCCCCCAAGCACCCAGUAGUGAGUGGUGCAACCACUAAUGACGAGCAAGUCAAGCCGCGUAGCUUGCGUUUCACAUGGAGCAUGAGGACAACGAGUAGUCGAGAUCCGAAUGAAAUUAUGUCCGAAAUACGUAAGGUGCUGGAUGCUAAUAAAUGCCAGUACGAGCAGCGCGAGCGUUUUCUUCUGUUAUGUGCACACGGUGAUGCAGCCACAGACAGUCAAGUACAGUGGGAAAUUGAAGUCUGUAAGCUGCCCCGUUUAUCGUUGAAUGGCGUUAGAUUCAAACGUAUACUUGGUACAUCAAUAGGAUUCAAGAAUAUUGCAAGUAAAAUUGCCAAUGAGCUCAAACUGUGACUGCCGGCUGCUGGUGGACUCGCCACUCAUGUUAAUCCAUAACCCAGACGUGAUUGCGGUCACAAUGUGGCUGAUUAUUACGUUGAUACAUCCUCAUUUUUUGAUUGGGAUUCAGACAGUGAUUCAGAGGAGACACGUGAAGUAUUCGUUUGAAAUUAAUUCCUCAAUCAUAAUGAAAAUUUUCUGAUUAUCCCAAUCGAGAAAUUAAUGGAGAAAUCUAUGAAGUAUCUUCUUAUUAAUCGUGUAGUCUUCAUUGGAAUUCGAAGAUGUUGACAAUUUUUACAAUCACCGGGAUAGCAAGAUGAAUGAACGAGAUAAUUGAGGGAAAGAUGGGUCAUCCUGUGAUCGAAAAGACUCCCAUGAUUCCAAUCCCUUCAAUAACUUUCUCUCUAUCAUUUGUCUUAAUUUUUAAUUACUUCUUCACCUCCUUCAUGUGCCAAAAAAAACUUGGGCCACGUUCAGUGAUGAAAUUGAGAAGAAGAUAUUCGGGGGAUUCUGGAGAAUCAGAAUGAAAAUUAACUCAUACAUAAUCAAGAGUUCAGCAUCAAUUUCUUCGAAUGAUAUCCAUUGUAGGAAUUCUACGAUUACGAUUACUAGAGUAAAUAAAAAUACAAAAUUUCUCCCUGGGUGAAUUCAGUAGUCAAUUUUAUUUUCUGUAGUUCCAUCAGGAUUCAAUGAAAAUGUGCGAAUUAAGAACAUUUGUAAUAAAUAGGGAAGCAGUGAGGAGAAGAGAUGAGAACAGAACAGAAAAAUUUUCUUGUACCUGUUGCAGACACGUACAUUAAAUACGCAUAAAUAAUUGACAAAAACAAUGAACAAUCAGAAUAAGGCCAGGGAAGUGAAGGAUAAUGGUUUUUUUUCUUCAAAACCUGUGGCACAAAUAUUAUUAGUUACUUGUUUAUUUUUUUAGAGAAGUGAAAGUUUUAUCAGUCUCUCAUGCCGGUCAAUCAAUCUGUCAAUAAGUAAUUGCCUACAUCAUCUGUCAGUUGAUUAUAAAUGAAUGGAAGAAAAUUAAUUAAUAAGUAGAACAUUAAAAUACUUGGAUCGCUGCAAGCUGGUGCGGUAUGGAACAACACAAAUUCCUGAUCAUGUAAUAAAUUUAUUUUGAUUUAUUUUUUCAGUAGUUAAAGAAUUGUAUUAUCGUCAAGUAAUUAUUAUUUGUUAUUGAUAUAUUUUGAUCACUCGUGAAUAGUACGAGGAUCAAUAAAUUGAAUGUAUUAUGAUGGUAUUCGAUCGUACAAUUUCUGUCUUUCGUCCAAAAUGUGAAUACUAUCAUUGAUAAGUCCAUAUUUUUGUUCUUUGUGGGAGGGAAAAAUAGAUUUAUUCACUCCAAUUAAUAAAUAUUGAAUUUGUUUAUUGAAACGCAAUCAAGAAAUUAGCAUCUGGAUAUUUCUCAUUGAUCAAUAUAUUUGCUAAUUUAAUACUUUCUAAUUGGCUCUCUGGAAUUAGUAGUUUAGAAUGAAAUAUCCAAAGAACUGUCGAUGUUUUCCUCGAAACCUAUUCCUUUCAAUGAUGUUUGCGUACAAUAACCCACAAAUAUCAGUUUUUAUCAGGUGCUUUUUGCGGUUCGACAAACAUAUAUUUUUUUUAUAAAAAUUAAAUAAAGGCAAAGUUACGUGUGUUUGUAUACUUUCUGGGGCUUGCCAAAGAUCUAUAGUUGUAUAUAAUAUAAAGGUACUAAAUUAUAAAUGGAAUAAGCCUCAUGUCGAUUUUUCUUUCGGUUAGAAAAUGUAAUCAUUGAUAAUACGUACCGCAAAAAGGGUAAAUGAAAUUAAAUCCAUCAUUGGUGAGGUUUUUCUAUCUGCCUAAGUAUUGAAAUAUACAAUUACCAUCAAUUUUAAAGAAUCAGGCCGUAUCAAUCAUUUCUGUAGCAAUGUGGUGAAACACAAUAGAUGAGUCAACAUAUUAAAUAGAUCAUUUUGCAAAAUGUCUCGGAAGGAAAUGAGUUUGGAGAUAAAUAACCAGAAAACUUUUUCCCGUUGAUAAGAUUCAUUUUAAAAAAUGCUCUCGUGAUGAUUUAUCUCACAUCCCUUUUAUCCGACGAAAUUGUCAAAAAUGGUCCGCAUUAUGUGAUGUCAUCUUAUUUGGCCACUUUUCUACUCAUUUAUAUACUUGUAGUCAUUAAAUCCACUCCUCAUUGUAACUAAAUAUCUUGCUACGAUCAAUGCCCAAGCAAUUAUUUUUGAAAGAUCAUCAAAGAUACAAAAAUCAAUUGAACUAUGAAAAACCAUUAAAAAUCUAAACUGUAUACAUUUUUUCAUUGACCUCCAAAAGUGGUACACAAAAAUGCUGCAACUUGUUAAACGACUGAUAGGAACUAAGUAUCGACGGUAGCAGCCUCAUUUUUUAAUUCAUAAAUUGAAAUGAAAAAUCACAAAUUAACAUAAUUUAACCACUACGCGAUGCGAAUGAAUGCAACUGUUCAGACAUUGACAGACGAAUUGAGAAAUCCAGAAAACUAUUUGGAGAAACAUGAAAAAAUUAUUGAAAAUAUUGGCAAAAGAGACUUAUUGUUUCCUUAAAUAUGUAACAAACAAAUAUGUACAGUUUUUCAUCAAACACUCAAUUAUUUUAAUUAACAAUUAAUUAUAAACGAAAAGCAUCAAGACCACACAUCCGAAGGCCCAUGUAAUAUAAACGAAAUCCAUGGUUUCAUGAAAUCAAUUCAUCAGUUCAUAGUAAAAAAUUAAUUCGUCUUCAAUAAAAACAAAUACCAUAAUUUUACUCAUCAUUAAUAAAUUAAUCAUUGUCCAUAAUAUCAUUGUUUUAUUAUAGAUUCAAAUGUCGCAAAUGAUACGUAAACGACGAAAAAUAAUGAUUUCAUUGAAUUUCCUUUUGCUAAUGCUAUUGACAUUAUGUUAAGUACAAUAUUGAAGCGUAAAUAACUAAAUAACUAUUGUAAUAUUACAUAAAAACAAAACAAAAUAUGAAACAAAACAUGCAGUCGGAAUGAAUAAGUCAAAAUUGAUUGACGAUCAGAGGGCGGCAAAUAAGUGAAUCCAUAUGCAUAUAAAUAUAUAAAUAUGAAUAUAUAUCUAAUUAUAGUAAUUAUUACUGUUAGACAAUUUAAUUGAUAAGAAACAUCCCUCUUAGUGAUUAAUGGUGAAAUCCCCUUUAACACGCUAAGUAAUUGUAUUCUGUAAUUCUAUACAUACAUGAAAAAAAAAUUAUUACAUGAAAAUCACACGGCUCCCGCUUGCUUGAUAUAACUGAGGUAAAUGAAAAAAUUAGAGUGAAACAAAUUUAUGUAAAUUCGAUAAAUUAAUACUUGAAUGCGUUUAACGUUUAAGGACAUGUAUAGGCAAAUUCAUUUACGAGGGAAAUGGGAUAAACUAAUUUAUCUAUUAAUUUAUUUUGACUGGUAAAACGUCAUAAUUCGAACUGACGUUUUUCACGUCAAGUUAUUCCAACACUGACUGUAAAAACAAAUAUCAAAGACCAGUUUUUCAUUUGAGAAAAUUUCCAACAAAGCUAUUUGCAACACUUUUUAUAAAUCCCUCAUUAUCGGAAUUUUCUCACUACUAAUGAGAUGAAAAAGUCGAAGUUCAAUGUGUGACCAUACCGCGGAAUUUACCUAAACCCCAUUGGCCGAAUGGGCACGAUUGCAGGAGUUGAUUUGUAAAUCAAUUACUGGAAAUAGUGGAGUUCUAUCUGCAUCUCAGUUGAAUUUAUCUCAUGAUUUUUAAUUAGGUAUUAGGAUCCUUUUCAACAGGGAAGAUCAGAUUUAUUUUCUUUUUUGACAUUACAUUACAAAAUUUCAUGGGACAACAAAUUUUACACUCAGCCAAAUACACACUACAUACACACGCACUCCAGUCUGUAGAUAGGUACAUACAAGCUUUGCUAAGUGUUUACUGGUGAUCGGUAUAUAGCCAACAAUGUAGUAAGAAAGAGAAAAAAACAAGAAAAAAAACAUUUAUAAUAAAA